AUGACCGAGGGGGUUGACGAGCGGAGUCGUGACCCCACCGAAGAGGAUGAUGAAGAUGACGAUGACGAGAUUUUGUACGAUGAUGAUGAAGAUGAAUUUGGGCUUCCCAGUCUGGCUAGCAUGAGGAGAAAAAGGUCUGCGCCGUUGAAGUCAAAGAACAUUAACUUUAGUGGCGGGCCAGGAGGUAACACCUCAUCACUUGGAUUUGGACUAGCAGCCAGCAACAGACAACGAGCAAAUAGCGCAGACAUUGCGGAGGAGCGGGGUGCCCCGAUGUACCCUGUCGCCCGAAAGGGAGAAGGGAAGAUUCUUCGGCCUCAAUACAAGGACAUUUUGCAGGAUCCCGCCAAUGCUUUAAACCUUAUAAACCACUCUCCGCCACCCACAGAUGCUUCGCCCAAAGAACGAGACAUUCAUUCGAGUCGCAUUACCCGAAUCAACAAAUUCAAACGCAUCCUCCAAGCGAGCACUGUAUCACCCACCGAAUUGCGAGAUCUGUCUUGGUCAGGUGUACCAGAAGAAGUACGGCCGAUGACCUGGCAACUUCUUCUUGGGUAUUUGCCAACAAAUAGUGAGCGACGUAUCUCCACUCUAGAACGGAAACGCAAGGAAUAUCUAGAUGGGGUUCGGCAGGCCUUUGAGCGAGGUAGCGGUGCAAACUCUGCCACUCCCACUGCUUCAACCAAAGGCCGCGGCAGAGGACUGGACGAAGCGGUUUGGCACCAGAUCAGUAUUGAUGUUCCACGCACCAGUCCACACAUUCCGCUAUAUGGCUACGAGGCUACCCAGAGGUCUCUUGAACGCAUUCUUUACUUGUGGGCCAUCCGACACCCAGCUAGCGGUUAUGUCCAAGGAAUCAACGACUUAGUGACGCCAUUCUGGCAGGUCUUUCUGGGCGUUUAUAUCACCGACUUGAAUGUCGAAGAAGGCAUGGAUCCGGGCCAAUUGCCUCGGAGUGUGCUGGAUGCGGUGGAAGCUGACACCUUCUGGUGUCUCACAAAGCUAUUGGACGGUAUCCAGGAUAACUACAUUUAUGCCCAACCGGGAAUUCACCGGCAGGUCAGGGCGCUACGGGACCUCACAAUGCGCAUCGAUUCAGCAUUGGCGAAGCACCUAGAACAAGAAGGUGUGGAGUUUAUGCAAUUUAGUUUCCGAUGGAUGAACUGCCUGCUCAUGCGGGAAAUGAGCAUCAAGAACACGAUACGCAUGUGGGACACGUAUAUGGCGGAGGAGCAGGGCUUCUCACGGUUUCACCUUUAUGUCUGCGCGGCAUUUUUGGUCAAGUGGACAGAUCAAUUGGUGAAAAUGGAUUUCCAGGAGGUUAUGAUGUUCCUCCAAGCAUUGCCUACGAAGGGUUGGACGGAGAAAGACAUUGAGCUCUUACUCAGCGAGGCUUUCAUUUGGCAGAGCCUGUUUCAAGAUUCGCGUGCUCAUCUCCGGCCUGCUGGUGAUGAACCUCCUGAACAUGGUAUCUUUUAUUGA